UCGCGGAGUCAGCGGCGAGGGUGGAUCUGGCGUCGGCGAAGCGGCGGACAACUGGAGAUGUAGAUGCGGCGAACGGGUGGCUAGAUACGGCAACACGAUAGCGGCUGACUUGUCGGGGUCGUCCAGGGACUUGUAUUGCCGAUGAUUUAUUCGAGUCCUGCUUGCUGUCUCGUCUGUCUGGCGUAUCUGAAUCUUUCUGUUUCUGCAACUUCAACCAGCCUAUAUCAACUUUGCCUUACUCGCCAAGAUGGGAUCUGUUCCAGCCACGUGGUCGCGCUUUGUCCGCUUCAUCUCGACAGAUGACCGCCAAUGCUGUGGCGAGCCUGUCGAUGAGAAUGUCGAUGUCGGGCUGGCUGUGGCGAGUGGUCAGGAAGUACAAGUUCGUCUCCUUGAUCGCCCCUCGGCUGUCGAUGACAGCCAGUUCACAGGCGAGACAGCCACCAUCAAGACUCUCCUUUCACCACUCUCAGCCACCGAAGUUGGCACCGUCCGCUGCAUAGGUCUCAACUUUAAAGACCACGCUGCGGAGCUCAACUGCCCCCUACCCACCAUCCCAGAAGUCUUCCUAAAGCCCUCCACCACAAUCACAAACCCGUCCGCCCCCAUCUUCCUGCCCUCAUCAGCACCAGACAUGGUCGACGCGGAAGUCGAGCUGGCCAUUGUCAUCGCAGAGGACUGCAAGAACGUCAAGCGCGCGGACGCGCAGAGAUACAUCUUGGGCUACACAGCCGCCAACGACGUGACCGCGCGCGACGUACAGGGCAAGACCUCGCAGUGGGGUUACAGUAAAGGCUUUGACGGUUUCUGUCCGCUUGGUCCCUGUAUUGUGCGCAAGGAGCUGAUAGCAGACAUAAACCGUGGUGUGACGCUCAAAUCCACACUCAACGGGGAGGUGUUGCAGGACGGCACAACGGAUGAGUUUAUCUUCUCUGUGGGCGAGAUUGUCGAGCAUCUCUCGCGCGACAGCACGUUGCCCAAGGGUACCGUGAUUCUGACGGGGACGCCUUCUGGGAUCGGUCACGGGCGGAAACCGCCUCGAUAUCUGAAGGCGGGUAGCGAGUUGCAGAUUUCCAUAUCACAUGGCAUCGGCACUUUGACGAACCCGGUGGUUUUUUCGUCAAAGAUGUAGAAGAAUA